GGACAUUCGUCAACUGUAUAAAAGUUGGAGACCCGGCGUCCACUGUCAUCAGUUCGCCAGUACAUCUUGGACAAUAACCAAACGGUUACAUACCCUAAAUACUAAAUAAAACCAAACAAAAUACAACCAUGCAGUUCACAGUGUUGAUCGCUUUUGUGCUUGUAGCAGCCGCAACCGCCGCCCCAGCCGAAAAGAAGACCGAAACCGUUAAGGACAAACGUGCCAUCAUCGCUGCCUACCACGCUCCCGCGGUCGCUCCAGUAUACCACGCCCCGGCCGUAUACCACGCUCCGGCCGUAUACCACGCUCCGGCCGUAUACCACGCUCCGGCUGUAUACCACGCUCCAGCUGUAUACCACGCCCCGGCUGCCGCCACCUCCUACUCCAGCGUCAGCAUCUCGCAUCCGGUAGUCGCCGCCGCCCCGAUCUACGCCCCAGCACAUCCAGUGUUCUAUCAUCGUCGUUAACCGUGCAACUCGAAAUUGGCAAAGACAUCAAGUUCCCUGACCCCUCCCUUCUAUGAGCACACAUUAUGUGUUUGGUAUUUUCAGACACUACGUGUAACACUAAGCGUGCAACUGUAAAACAUAUCUAUUGUGUCUUAUACAUCAUAUUAUACAACAUUAAUUGUACAAUCAAUAUGUAGAUAAUACGAUUAUUAAAUAAACUCUCAGUUUCAAUAAAAA